AUGGCAACUACUUUAGCUGAACAUGUAUCGCUGCAGAAGUUACAUGAUCAUUAUGUUUCCACGCAUCUUCCCCAAAAGAUGGGGAAUUUAGCACCCAUCGCGUACGGAGGCUAUGCUAUCGCUCUCGCGAUACACGCUGCGUAUAAAACCACCCCAGAUGGAUUUCACUUGCACUCGGCGCUUGGACAUUACCUCCGGCCAGUAAGCACUGAAAUCAAUUUGAUAUGCACGCCUGUCAAACUCCGCCAAUCGAAGAGCUUUGUCACCUACCGCGUUGCCGUUGAACAAAAUAACCCCUCGACUGGCCAACCAAACCUAUGUAUGGAGCUCCUAGCCGAUUUCCACAGGGAUGAGCCGUCUGUCCUCACAUUUUCGAGCAAACCCACUCGGAGUUACAGUCACUGGCAGGAUUGUGUGCCCUGGGACCGCCUUGUGGAGGACUGGGUCAAAGCCGAGAAAAUAUCAGAGCCGCAAUUCAAAGCUUUCAAUACGCUAUUCGGACUAUCCCGGAACCUCUACGAAGGUCGCCCCUGUCCGGAAGGAAUCACGGCUCAGAAUCUUAUGGGAAUGGCCAAGACCAUCAAAACCAGCCAGGAAGAAUUGUCUCCGACAGAAAAGUCGUCAGGGGACUGGUUUCGGGUCAAACACCCUCUGCAGACAGAAGGGGAGCAAAUUGCCAGCUUGGGGUUCGUUAUGGAUGGUGUUUUGUCAUUUUUGCCGUUGUCACAUAAUCACUUAUUCUUCGAUGAUGCUGGCGCGUGUUCGAGCUUAGAUUUUGCUCUACGGAUCUUUACGCCGCGACCUAAAAUGGAUGAGUGGCACCUGAGGGAGAUAAUCAAUCACCAUGCUGGCAAUGGUCGCACAUACAGUGAGAGUAAAUUGUGGGAUGAGAGAGGAAAUUUAGUCGCUUCUAUGACACAGCAGUCGAUUUUGCGGGUUCCUGCCAAAGCCGCAAGGAUUUAA